AUGCCCAAUAUACACUUGUUCGUCUCACUCUUGCUCGCGACAACUAUAUCUCAUGCUGGUAAGUCAUUAAGGCAUAUUAUAACCCUGUCCCUUGUUCACCUCUCCCGCACCCCCUCGCCACCUCUCCACCCGCCCCCCCCCCCAAAAAAGAAAUUUGCAUAACAUUGUUCCGAGCGUUUACACAUGACGUCACAGCGGCCAUGUUGGUGUUCCAAACCAAUCCAGUGGUAGUUGAACGCUUUCUUUUGUUCCAAUAAUUUUGCAUUGAUACUAAUCAUGUGAGUGAAAAGGCUUUAUCAUAGUCGUCCCAAGAGAAAUUGAAGACAAUGCCUAUGUCACGAGGAGCCGCAAGCGGUGAUACUUUUGCACGGCAUCUGGCGGCACAUCAAAGAAUUUGGAAUUGAAGGGCAAAUUCCAAGAAUAUCUUCGCCAGUUAAGCUAGAGAAAAGGUGUUAAAGGGACAGUGUCCCAAUUAUGCGCACGCGCGAGCGUCAUCUGUUUUUUUCUUCAAAAGACAAUAGAACUGUCAUAUUGACUCGAUAAGAUUUCCUUCCGGACCGCACCGCCGACAGAGAUUUGUUGUUUAUAUUCUCAAGUAAUAUUUUAGACUUUCAAAGAAGUCUUUCGUCUUAUAUAAAAAUUUGGCUCGCGGUUCGAAGACUUAUCGCGAUUUUAUCGCUAGCUGGGCCGCCUCGCGACCCGAAAAUCUCGUUCCGCUCGCUUUAAAAACAUAUUUUCUAAUUUGAAACUCGUGUCAGAGGUCAGUUGUUCCAAGUCUAGUAAUAUCUGCCUGAUUUGCUCGCGUUCUAGCCUCAAACGUUUGAAAGACAUAAAUAAAAAUGCAAUCUCAACGCUAUGAAUCAUUAGAAAGGUUAGUCAAAAAUUAUAUUAUGAUUUCAUGGCACUAGUUUUUCUAAACAUGUAGCGCCUGUUUGUUUGAUUUUGUCGGCCGUUAGGGAGAUUCAUUUAAAAACGUUUACUAACGCGUCGUUGCAAAACAUCCUGCUUCACGAUGCUCCCCUCCACAAGAUCUCCUCAGUCACAUCAAUGUCUCAAUGGUUUCUUUCUUACAGUCUUUAUUGUUGCCGUUUCAUUUCUGCGUAUUCCUUUCACAAUUAUCUGAGCUUGUAUGGAAGCUAGCAGAAGAAAUAAGCCUUCAAUCGGCAUCAAAGUGCUUCCAAUCUUUUGGUCCUCCGGCCAACGGCAAUAAAAGUAACGCCAAAAAUCCAGAUUUUGCCCAAAUCGAAACUUAACAGGAAAAAUAUAUCAUUGAUCUGUAAUCCUGAGAAGUUUUAGUGUCGUAUUGAACCCGGUCAAGUGCGAUGCAAACGGAUUUUUCAAGGUUCUCUUACUCUCCUCGCAUCUUUGACGGACAUCUACAAAACUUCAGCUUAUUUCACUCCUUGACAUUGUCAAAGCGCAUUUUGUAAAGAUAACUUUUUCCGCUUUAUCAGCUUUUUUUAUAUUCUAUUCCAUUAAUGUUGAACGUCCCUCAAAAAGCCAAAUAAUACAAUUAAAUGCUGUUGUUAAAAAAAGCGUUUUACCUGUUUUCGUGAAUUCGCUACCCAAAGAUCACUAUGCUCAAAGGACAGGGCAAAAUUUCCAGGAGAGAGGCAUUAAUUUUUUUUCCCACGAGGUUACAAAGAGAAAAUGCAAUGGUGAUUAUUAAUGUAACCAUCAGGUAUACUCUACCCAUUUACGGACAGCAAAUGCAGUGAUUAUUAUUAAUGUAACCAUCAGGUAUGUUCUACCCACGAGGUUACAAAGAGAAAAUGCAAUGAUUAUUAUUAACGUAACCUUCCGGUAUGUUCUACCCACGAGGUUACAGAGAGCAAAUGCAGUGAUUAUUAUUAAAUGUAACCGUCAGGUAUAUUCUACCCACGAGGUUACAAAGAGAAAAUGCAAUGAUUGUUAUUAACGUAACCUUCAGGUAUGUUCUACCCACGAGGUUACAGAGAGCAAAUACAGUGAUAUUAUUAAUGUAACCAUCAGGUAUGUUCUACCCACGAGGUUACAAAGAGAAAGUGCAAUCAUUAUUAUUAACGUAACCUUCAGGUAUGUUCUACCUACGAGAUUACAGAGAGCAAAUGCAGUGAGUAUUAUUAUAAAUGUAACCAUGUAUCAGGUAUGUUCUACCCACGAGGUUACAAAGAGAAAAUGCAAUGAUUACUAUUAACGUAACCUUCAGGUAUGUUCUACCCACGAGGUUACAGAGAGCAAAUUCAGUGAUUAUUAUUAAUGUAACCAUCAGGAAUGUUCUACCCACGAUGUUACAGAGAGCAAACGCAGUGAUUAUAUUAAUAUAACUAUCAGGUAUGUUCUACCCACGAGGUUACAGAGAGCAUGCAAAUGCAGUAACAAUUAUUAGAUUUUAGUGCAACUAUCAGGUUGAGUUCCUCCAUUAAAAGAGUUUCUUGCUAGGGUUAAACAAGUUUGGCUUUCAUGAGUUUCAAGGUGCAAGAAAUUAUCAGUAUAAUUAUAACACACAAACAUUGUCAUCUAAUUUUUUGCACGAAGCCGAAAUAAGCCAAGAAAUGAAGCAUAUAUAACGAAAAAUCGUUCUCAGAUGAUCUCCAUAUUAAGUAAAUUAUACUAAACGUUGCGAAAGAAAUUAUUGUUUGUAUCCGUCUUAUCCAUCGUAAAAGCGAGGGGCCAUCGCAUGUCAUGCGGUAUAUUAAACAGAGGUAAUACUCACGGGUUUCACGAGUUGUAUGCAAUAUUUUGUGCCGAGAAACAAAUUUAAUUAAAACUUCAAUUCUUACCUUACAGUAGUCCGUUCUUUUACCUUGCAUUCGACAAAAAUCUGUUAAAGGCAAACAAAGCGAUUCUGGCACUCUUCUUUAUGAUGAGUAGCAAGCCGCAGGAACUUAAGCCGCUUGACUGACGUAAAAUCCACCGAUAUGCACGGCAUUCUCAGUACUAAUAUAAACAAACGUCGGAGGAAAAAAAGACGAGGAGGAAAAAAUGCCAGAUCUUCGCCUCGGCAAUGUAUUCCAGCUACCAUGCCGACGUAUCUCCAGAAGGUGGACUCGAAGUGGGACAAACCUUGUGAUUUUUUUUUAGAAGCCCUUUGCGCGCAAACUAAUUUAUUCUGGCGCGAAAUGAAGAUUAACAAUAUGUAUACUGAAAUCUAAUCCACGACAAGAAGAUUUUUACACUGUAGCGCGACAUAUUGAAUGCCUAUUUUUACAAGUACGCGGAGAAAGUGGUCCACUAGUUUAACUUUUUUAAGAUGAAUUUACUCCACAAAAGCAAAAUGAAAUGUUUUAUCUCUCUGUUGUUUACGUGCCUGAUUAGAAGGCAGAAGUAAAUUCAUCAUACAGACCCCAUCAAAAUGAAAGUACACGAAUGAAACGGAAUAAGUCUGGGACGGUUUAGUUUCUACUCAGCAGCGUCUUUGCUUUUAUAACAAAAAUUUAAUGUUGCAGUCUGUUUUAAACGUUGGCAUAUCAACGCGCACAGUCACUGAAUGAAAACAACAGUCACGAUCACGUUCUUUGAAACCGACCAGACGCGCGCGACCUACCACUGUUAUGGCAAGCAAUUAUCCUGAAGGUGUUAAUGUUCCCGUGACAAUCUUUGCACUGAAGGUGUAAAUGGUAAACCGAACGGUCGCUUUGAUCAUCAGAAAGACCUGUCAACUUUGAUGAUUUAACUGAUUAAAUUACGGGACAAAAAUUUUACUGCUUGCGGCUCCUCGUGGUAUGAUGGGCAAUGUGAAAAUGGUGAAUUCUUUGCAUUCUUUAUUCGAUUUUGCAUACCCACUUAUAAUAUGAUCAGUAUGAUUUCACUCAUGUUACAAAUCGCCAUUUCGUUCUCACUUUGGGGUAAAACGCCCAGAUAUGUACAAGCCCUGUAAUUACAGCGCGACUACUGUAACCGGGGCCACUUAGAGAAAGUUGACCAAUCGGAUUAUAGCGGAGCUCCAUGGCUAGUUAGAUCUACCCAUCCUAGACAAUUUGGUAAUCACGUGACCGUACACCGAUCGACCGGGCGCCCGUCUAUCUGCACCACAGGCAUACCAAUGUAUAAAAUAACUCAAUCAACAGGUAUGGCAACCGAAAUGCAACUCAAGGUAAUUUUGGCUGGAAAUCGCAUAACCACCGGCGUCUUGUAAAGCAGAGACAACUAAAGAGUCAAUAAAGACGAAAACAGAAAGUGGAGAUUGUUUCUGUAUCCGUGGUGUCUAAAGUAUUCGGUUUAACAGAUUAAUUGUCUUGUCCACAAAUUUGGAAUAUAGAGCAAGAGAAAGACAGAGAAAAAGAGAAAGUAGGCGGCAGGCCAGCGAAGCUCAAUGAGAAGAAAAACAAAGCAGACAUUUUUUUGUUGGAAGAACAACAUGAAAACUUUGUAGCGGCGGUAACAAAAUGAGAAAUGCUAGCGGCCACUAAUGCAAAGUGAAAAUGAGCGGCAGUGAAAAAAAAGUGAAUGAGAACACGUUCGACAUUUCCUCCAAAAAAAAGUGUAACAAAGAAGUUUCUGGAAGUUUAACAUUGUAGUCGUGCAAAACAACGGCAAAGAAAUGUACAAAAAAGUGUGCUGUCCGUGCAAAGUGACUUUUUUGCUAAUUAGACCUAUUGUUGUUUUUCACCGUUCUACGGCGUUGCCUUCGCCGCUUGCCAUUACAUGAUUCUAUAUUUUGUUUGGACAAACUUUAAAUAUAAUCAAGGGCUUCCCUUUUAACCCUGGCUAAACCUAUAUAUUAUGGAAAACAACAAUUUAUUGCGGGAAAGUUGGUUGUGGGACAAUCACCAGCUGGUAAAAAAAAAACAACAACAACAAGUUACUCGAAACAAAACAAUGAUAGCUAUAAUUAUUUACUUCUAUAGCACUAUAUCGAUGAAAAUAAUUAGCACUUAAUGAAUGAAGCUGAGUAGGAUAUGAAGAAUUAAGCAGAUCGAGGAGGGUGUUAUCCACAGAGGCCGAAGGCUGAGGUGGAUAACACCCUCCGAGAUCUCCAUAAUUCUUCACAUCCUACGAAAGCCGAAUUCAUUAAUUGCUUUAUUAUUCAUUAAAAAUAAUUCCCAGUUUAAAAACAUAGCUAAAACGUGCUAACCUGCAUCGAUCUUAAGUUUAUCUUCGAUAGUGUACGUUUAGGUUUGUCCAGCUCCGCAAGUAUUCUCCAGAUAGCAGAUGUCGCCUCCGUGUUGUCGUCUUGCUGUUUUUGCUAUGUUUUUAGCCAUUAUUUCGCCUAGUUCCAGCUGUAGUUCUUACUCUUGAAACGAGUGAAGUGUCCGCCAUUUUCUUUCACAACGAAAACAACUCAACCUCGUCCCCAGGUCUUCUCGGUUAACGGUGCAUUAACCUGUAGAAGGCUGCAUUUUUGACGUCAUUUCCUCGUUAAACACAAAAUUCUUCCAAAUUUGGUCAUCAGUAACUGGUUAUGGUGAAUUAUGCGUGUGCUUUUAGCCAAUCAGAAUUGGAGAAAUAUUUUGAAUGGAUAAUAAUGCCCUAUAUAGUGCUCAAGUUGACACAGAUAAAACCUGCCUUACAAUAUACAAUAGCUUACAAAUAGACUCUAUCUAAGUGUUAAAAAGGCUACAAAGAACAAAAUUUACAACUGUUUUGAAAUAAUUAAAAAUUUAAAUCUAGAAAAGGCGAAUAAAUAACGGAUGCGUGGUAGACUACCAGCUGGCAGGCAGAAAAGAGGUUUUUCAAUGUGCUCUUUCUGAGUAUGUGGGUCUGGUGUUGUUUAACCCAUAAAAAACCGGCUUGUACCCAUCCCUUCUCGAUUUGAAAUAAGGAAAUGGCAGAAAUUUAUCUCCAGAGACAAAGAUCACUUUAUUAAUUUUAAUUUGUUCAUUUUUCUUUAGCUUUACAUUGCCCUGAUGAUUGGAUUGAGUUUCAACGUUCUUGCUACAAGGUGAUGGAAAAAAAAGAAAAUUCCAAGAUAUUCGGCGGUUGGUUAAAAGCGUCGCGCGUGUGUUUGGGGUUUGAAGGUUAUCUCGUUAGCAUGAUAAGUGAAAAGGAAAAGCAAUUUGUUCAUAAACUGUUGUCUCCGAGGUUAAAAAACCAAUCUGCUUGGAUUGGGUUGGUUCAUCGGCUUCCGAAGGAUAUAUAUUCAUGGAACGAUGGAAGUUCUUUUAAUCCUUCUUUAUCCGUCAACUGGUAUGGAAACACAACAAGUAAGCUUAAUGGGAAUGGGACCAAAUGUGUAGAACUACUGAGAUAUGGCUGGAACCUUACUGAAUGUUGCAAGGAAACCGACUACUACAUCUGUGAAAGACCGAAAGGUGAAUAGCUUCUAAAUACGCAAAGAAAGUAACCAGGCUUAUACAAGGGACAACAAUGCCCAUGGAGAAAUGUUUGCCAGAAGGAUCUGAUAAAGCAAAAGUAAUAGGCCAUUUGCUCUAAGAGGUCAUGUGACAUCGUUUUAUGAAAAUGAAAGUUAUAUGAUUCGGUUUUCGAAAAACGAUUAGUGGGUCAUAUCUUAAACAAAAUAAUAGUGAUUUGGUUUUUCAAACCCGCACCAUUUUCUUAAAAUAAGUAAGUUCGUAGCUAGUCACGUGACCAAAAUGUGAUUUUUAAAAUUAUGAAUUACCCCUUUCUGAGCACAAAUUUUGCACUUAAAAUUCAAGGAAAAUGUUGAAAAAAUGUUGUGGUAACGUUUGCAGCACAUCUUAGCCCGGAUAUAAGCAAAAAGCAGUUUUGGCCGCCAUGUUGGAGGGCAAGAGUAUACCCUCCAACAUGGCGGCCAUUACAAAUCAUACCACUUUGUCGAAAAAUCAAAGUAACAUCAAGUAUCUCCCUUAAAUGCGUUUCAUCUCAAACUUCGGGUUUAAGAUAAUUUUUAUGUGCUUUGUCAAUUUUUGGCAUCAGCAAGAUUCCAACUCAUUGUUUAGAAAAAGCAUUGGUCACGUGACCUCUUAGUGCAAGUGGCCUAUUGCUCCUUUACAAUAAUGAAUUCGUUGAUGCUUGCAAAAAUCCGUAUUAACGCAACUUUUGUAAAGUUUCAGUUGACUAAGCAAAUUUCGCGUUCAUAUGCCUUUGCAAUGAUUCAAUACUUCAUCCAAUUUUCAGCGAAUGCGAAGCACUUUUCUACCGUGCUGGACAAAAACGUUUCAACAUGUUCGCUUAGAGCCUGAGCUAUAGCUCUGAUUGCCUGAAUUUCGGCCGUCUUCUCGAGUUGCAAACUCCCGAAAGAGAUCCUUCUCCCUGUGUCGAACCCUGCUGCCUCUCUCCUCCGUAGAGGCUCCCGCUGAGUAUCCCUAUAAAAAUAGCAAUAAUCGAAAAAAAAAAGAGAAAGCGCGCGGUGUACGAUGGAAUGGAUGCGCGCUCUCUUUUCCUUUCUUACAAGCCUUUCCACCACUCAAAGUGGCUUCUGCGGAGGAGAGAGGCCUGCCGCCGAGGGAGACGUGAGAAAACGACUGAAAUUCAUGCAGGCUCUGACGCCAGUUGUUCAAAAAUAAACUAACCCUACCCCUUGGAUAAUUCUCUAUCCGAUGGACAGUGUGACUGGUUGACUAAUCGACCGCAUAGUUACAGAUUUUAUUAGGAACAUGCUGAUAAGGAUCUAUGAGAAAGAUGUUUUUUCAUUCGUAACAAAGGCGGCUCGAAAGAAAAAAAUCUGAGUACUCCAAAAUGCAGUAGAACCUAUGAGCUUCUGGUUGCUAGUACAGAUGCUCUACGACUGAGCUACCGGAUACUCGUGAGUGCUAAGGCCACUAAACUAGGGUCAUGUGGCAAACCAGGGGCACUCAAGAAUGUUUUAGUCUGCAAAAUAUCUCCUUCGGAGAAGCAAAUAUUGGCUACAAUUUUCUGUCACGUGGGGACGGCUAAAAAUUUCUAGAUGAACGUUCCAUUCAUGUACAACUUUCGAAGCUUGUCCAAUAAAUUCCCUACGAUUUUCUGACGUUAAAUUUUCACAUUUCACUCCCCAGGCUAGGCUAUUUUUCGUAGAAAAAAGAAAACCUACAAUUUUCGGAUCCAAAAUACGUUAAAUCGCUUUUCAAAUUUUCCGGGAAAAUAAUGUACUGAAGCCCUUAUACUGUUCGAAAGAUUCACGUUCCCCUGGGAUGAUCGAACAGAUAAAAAUUUUAUAGCGCCGCUUAGAAUGCACUUAUAAAGGUCUAAAAGUGCUCUGGAUAGCCAACAAGUAUCGUCAAUGUGUUUAGGAGGAAACCGUCGUUGGGUGUCCCUGACAAACAUUCUGCAUACUUCAAGGACUGUAAUCUAGAUAUGUGCUUAUAGGCAAUGAUGGAGAUGUGACGGUGAAUUUUAAGCCUGGUGAAUUCAUGAGAAAGAUAUUUUUCAGUCACUAGGAGACACAGGCGGCUCUAAAUAUUAAACGACAUUCAUUUGAAACCGUUAUAUUUAAUUUUUCCUAUCCAUUAGGUCCAUUGAGUUGCCCUGAUCAUAAUGAAGGACACCUGAAUGGAUUAUCUUGCUACUAUAAGCACAGGACUUCAAAAACAUGGGAAAACGCAAAAGAGGACUGCACUGCUUCUGGAAGCAAUUUGGUGAAAAUAAAUGGUACUAACGAAAAUGACACGGGAUUCCUGACCCGCCUGUUGGACACUAUUAAUUUCAAAGAGGUAGCUGAAUUAAGUAAGCUUGACCAAAAAACAGGUAGCACCUUGAAACAUAUAUGGAUAUAAAAAAUGUAGUAUUUGUCAAUUACUGAAAAAAGCUGAGUAUGAUAAUAACAAUUAUGUAGAUCGAGGAGGGCUAUGACCCUGAUUGAAUUGGUUGGUUUUUCCUAUAUUUCGCAAAUAUGGUAGGCUUCUGCUGAUUAUGAGAAAAUACACGGAAAAUUGAUCAGCCAAUCAUAAAUGGUGAAAUAUUUUGUAGAGGUACUAAAUGCCUCUAAAUCUUUACCUGUUAACAUACCCUACUGAGAACGCAUGCACGCAGAGGGUAGAGGGACGCCUUACGACACGUUACAAACAAUCACAGACUAACUAGCAUGAAUGUGGACUCAACCGCUGUUCAGUGAUAGAAACAGGUCCUAGACAAGCUUCACAUGAUGUUGCAGGACUGCUCAUCGCUGUUAUCAGGCCCCUAUUUUUUCAAAAGUUGCUUAGUGUUUAGUUAUUCACCUUUUGAAAAAUUAGAGCCAGCCAGAGGACAAUGAAACGUCGGUGGCUCAGGCGAAAGAAACGGAAAGAACUAUAGUUAGUACAUUAUCAUCAUGAUCAUUAUCAUCAUCAUUAGUAUUACUGAUAUCAUUCGUUAGUUGCUGUUUUUCUUUUUUAUUUUAAAGGACAUUUGGAUCGACCAAGGAACCAACUCUGAAUCGUGUUUCAGAAUCUCGAAGACAGAUAAUGGAAAGACAGGCGGUGAUUGUGGCCAAACGCAUGCUUAUCUUUGUGAAAAGCCCGUCCCAGGUGUGAUUUCAUUAUGGUGGCACACUUCCAUUUGAAGGCUACGAAGUAGCUUUAAUUUAAAACAAAUGAGGAAAGUGUGGUCUUCUUAUCAUUAUUUUUAUAUAAACUUUCAUCGCGGCUUUUUACGCCGGUAAAAAACCGCACAAAACCAAAAAGUAUCUCAGACCCUGCUCGGAUAAAAAGAAGAAAAAACUUUUCUGUUGCCUAUGUUAAUUAUUAUGAAAAUUCCUUUACAAACAAUCAGUAACCUUGGUAUCCGAGGGUACUUUCUAAAAUGGCCUAUCUGGGGAGGCUCCGCCAGAAAGGAGUGCCUUUUUCAGGCUUCAGGUGUAUUAAAGGGUAGGGGUUACUCUUGUUAAAGUAUAUAAAACGUUCGGGAAAUCUGUCAUUGCGGUCCCAGGCGCAUUUUAUGGCUGUGAAAAACACAAGAAAACUGUCUGGUUUAGCGACUUGUUCAUAGCUUAAAGGCGGUACAUUUACAGCAGUUAAGAAAGAUGCAGUUUUCUAAAUUGGUAUGUAAAAGGGGUGCCAUUUGUCAAUUAAAGAUAUGCGAAAGGGGUCUCUUUUUUUGCCAAAAAUUGGUAUAUAAAAGGGUAAGGGGUUGGACCUCAGGUCAUAGCUUCCCCGUAUAAAAUUUUGUUAUGUACUUUCCCCUCUCCUCCCCAGGCCUUGGUAGUGUGUUAACGUCUUUAGCCCAGAAUUAAAAACGUUGCUUUUUCCUUUAGCGAAAGUUUGUUAUUAUCAGUGCCGAGGGCAAAUGUCAUCUGUUCCUACCGAAGUCAAUUGCUCAUUUCCAGAAAGUCUCUGUUUUAAGUACAGUAAUAAGAGCGUGAAAGAUGGACAAUUCACCGCACAAGGGUGUAUAUCAGCUGAACUAUGCAGAAAACUUGACAACCAAAAAGGCUUGGAAUGUUGCCAUGGUGAUUUGUGUAAUACAGGUGAGGCGAGAAAGAUAUCAAAAUUGAAGCCCUAAUUACAGUUUGGAUGCUGCUGUGCUCAAUACAUGGAACCCUAUUCAGUUUGGCCUUGCGUUCGGUUGUUCUAGAACCGACUGGCAACAAUAAUGUUCAUAAUAAAGUUCAAAGCGCACUCUCGUUGGUUGAAAAAGCGUGCUUUAUGAGAACCUAAAACCAGGAGCUAAGGCUGUCACGCCCUGCCAAUAUAGUUUGUUUUACGUCUCGUGUUCCCCCUACACUUCUUUUGUGCCGCUUCCUGAGUGCUCCAGUACAACAGAACAAAGCACAAUCAAAGCUUCUUUAUUUGUUCAGUGCAGUGACGGAAGAUUUUAAAUUGUUUUUGGCAAAUAAGCAGUGUAUCAAUCAAAUAAAAAAAUUUCUAUCAUUAGAGAAAUUAAGAGACGUGAUGAUGUGAUAUGACACAUAGGUUACGUCAUUCCUCUGAUUAAUGGCCGAGUCAUCGUCUUGAUGACUUUCAUCGUGUUUAGAAAAGUUUGAAAGCAGGACUAAAUUGAUUCAAAAUCAACAGAUAGAUACCAAAAUGAUUGAAAUUUGCUAAAGUGAUCACCAGGGAAAUAUUACACUGAUUUUCACUAUAUAGUUUUCCGUAUUUAUUUAUUUUAUCAUAUUUAUGAAUGAUCUGCGACAUAAAAAAAGCUCUUAAAAUGAACAUAAAAAGUCCCCAAAUGUUAUCCUUUCUUAAAGGGAAAUAACAUAAAUUUAUCAUUAAAAGUGACUAGGGUUAGUGAUUUCGGCGCAAAUUUCUCGGUCUAAUUGUUCGAAAUUGUUGUUUUUCUCCGUUUCAGCAAUAUCCUGCUAUCGAUGUGAAAACAGUUCAUCUCUUGAUGAAUGCCAAGAAAAUCAAGUCGACGUAGAUUGCCCCAUACCUGUUCACUACUGCGCAAAAAUCAAGUAUGAAUCGAGAGAGGGCAAGAUACAAACGACUUAUCGCAAGGGAUGCGUUACCAAAGACCAGUGUAAUGCGACCAGUAGAAAGAUUGUAGAUUGCUGCGAAGGCGACAAGUGUAAUACAGGUAAGAAAAAAUUAUUUUUUAUCUUACAAAGUAGCAUACUUUUCAAUCUCGUUCUUAGGGACUUCUUGUUUUCAAAUGGCGGCGGCAUAUUGGAAAACAAGAAGACCCUUGAGCGAGGUUUUCAUAGUUUGAGUCUUGUUUAA